CGCCACAUACACACAUCCAAAACCUCGCAAUCCCAUUGGAACACGUGUUCUUCCUGAACUUUUACCCACUGGCGUAUUUUAGCGUCACGCCAACUGUUGAAUUGUAUUCUCUCUGUUCUAUUUUGCUUUUUGUUCUUCGAAAUUGAUCGGACAUCGGAGAGUGUUUUUUUUUUUUUGGUUCUUUGUGUUUGUUUCUCAGGAAAGUUGUUGGAUAUCUCUCGCAGCUGGAAUUUUUCUCGGCUAAGUGAAUUUGAAGUUAGUCUGGGCAGGUGCUAUAUAACUUGAUUUUAGAGUCUGGACUGCAUAAUGGUAUUUUGUUACUAGUGGCAUUUGCACAAAUUACACCUCGAUCCAAUAAUGGCACCCGCUGCUGGUUCUAUCCAAUUGUCCCAUGAAUUGGGGAUAUACGGUGUUCAUAUAUGUGGCAACCAACAUGCUAGUGUGAUGGGAAAGGAUCGAUUAAACUUAGUUAGCACCAAUCUUUCAUCGAAUGGUUUGCGACAGGAUGCCUGGAGUCUCCAUCUCUUGAGCAGUGUGCGAGGUCCAAUAUGUCCUGUAUCCUCCAGAUGUAAUGUUUUCUUGUGCCGUUCUGUUCUAGUACCUGGUGGAGGAAAUGAGAUUCCUCUUCUGAAAUCUGCAACUGUGGUUUUGACAAGGUCCUAUGAUGUGUUACGUGGAAACCCUCAUAUACAUAAAUUGAUUCCAGCAGUUGGUAUCAUUGCUUUUGCUGCUUGGGGUCUUGGACCACUCAUGCAACUGGGCAGGAUUGUAUUUCUUAAUAGAACUGAUAGUAGCUGGAAGAAAAGUAGCACGCACUAUGUUAUGACUUCUUAUCUUCAGCCUUUGCUGCUAUGGACUGGGGCAAUACUCAUCUGCAGAGCAUUGGAUCCUGUAGUCCUACCUUCAGAAGCCAGCCAGGCUGUUAAACAACGACUUCUGAAUUUUGUACGAUCACUAUCAACGGUCCUAGCAUUUGCCUAUUGUUUUUCAAGCUUGAUUCAACAAGCACAAAAAUUCUUUAUGGAGACAAAUGAAUCCAGUGAUGCAAGAAAUAUGGGCUUCAAUUUUGCCGGGAAAGCUGUUUAUACUGCAGUUUGGGUUGCUGCUGUUUCCUUGUUCAUGGAGUUGUUAGGUUUCUCUACCCAAAAGUGGCUAACUGCUGGUGGUCUUGGUACAGUAUUGCUUACCCUUUCUGGCCGUGAGAUAAUUACCAAUUUCCUUUCAAGUGUAAUGAUUCACGCAACGCGGCCAUUUGUUUUAAAUGAAUGGAUUCAAACAAAGAUUGAAGGCUAUGAAGUUUCUGGAACAGUAGAGCAUGUGGGCUGGUGGUCUCCAACAAUUAUAAGAGGUGAUGAUCGUGAAGCAGUUCACAUUCCAAACCACAAGUUCACUGUUAAUGUUGUGAGGAACCUUAGCCAGAAGACGCAUUGGCGCAUCAAGAACUAUCUAGCCAUCAGUCACUUGGAUGUCAACAAGAUCAAUAUUAUUGUAGCCGAUAUGCGUAAGGUUUUGGCCAAAAAUCCGCAAGUAGAGCAGCAAAAGUUGCACAGAAGAGUUUUCCUGGAAAGCAUCAAUCCAGAAAAUCAGGCUCUUAUGAUUUUGGUUUCUUGCUUUGUGAAAACCUCUCAUUUUGAAGAGUACCUCCGUGUCAAGGAAGUAAUACUCUUGGAUCUUCUCAGAGUUAUCAGUCAUCAUAGAGCCCGGCUGGCCACACCCAUCCGCACAGUUCAGAAAAUAUAUAGUGAUGCUGACUUGGAAAAUAUUCCAUUUGCUGACACAAUUUUUAGUCGUUCAAGAGCAGCUACUAACCGUCCCUUACUACUCAUUGAACCACCCUCUUAUAGAAUCAGUAGUGAUGAUAAAAGUAAGACUUCAGCUCGUCCCACACAUAAUGGUGAACAUGAUGGCAAGGUUGAAGCAGUGUCAACACCUGACUCUGAGGCAGAUACCAAGGCUGGAUCAGUAUCAAGUCUUGACCCCAAAACAGAUCACAAGUCUGAGGCAAUUUCAGCCUCAGAUGGAAGCUCAAACUUCAAGGCUUCAGCAAUGCAGAUAUCUGCCACCCAAACUGGGAAUCCGGUGUCUAAAAGUUCUGUCCAAAACAACUCUGAAAUGCUGCAGCUCAAGAAUGAAAACAGAGGAGAUGCAGGGAAGGAGACAACAGAAUUGAAUUCCAAAGAUGUAAUCCCAUUUGAAUCAAUGGCUGAGAAAUCAUUAGCUACUUCCGAGGAAGCUGGCAGUGAGAAAAUGGAUAUUUCUACUGCCACUUCACAAGUAAAGCUAGAUGGUGGGAGGGCUACUACAUCGCCAUCAACUGCAAGGCCUCCCUUAGAAGAGAAUAUUGUUCUUGGUGUGGCUUUGGAGGGGUCAAAACGAACGCUUCCAAUCGAGGAAAAAGUGGCUUCAUCUCCUUUGCUUGCCGAAUCAAAAGAAUUGACUGCUUGUAGGAAUGGGAGUGAAUCUCCUCUCGUUAGCAAGGAUAAGAAAGACCGUCAAAGUCCAGCGUUUCCUAGUGGAUCACAAAGUGAUUAGCUGCAUCAGAGAGGUGAUAAUUGCCGAUGCAGACAUCUAUGCUCCUAUUGAUUCAAGUUGUAUAAGUGUAUGCAGCUGAGUUUUUAAAAGCUGCAUUACAUGAUGUAUGAUUGUAAAUAAUUUUCAAAUCAGUUAGGCACAUUCAUGCCCAAAUUCAUCCACCACAGCCCCUCUUGGGGUGGGGGUGCAGUGUGGUAAAGGAUGGGCCAAUUAUCAGUUGCAGACAUGAAGAUUUGCCAUUGCUGUAGAUUAAAGACUCGUAAAAUAGUGUACGUAUUGUUUUUCAUCAUUGAAAGUGUUUUUGCAAGUCUUA